AUGGCUAGCAGCAGCAAAAAAAACAUCGCCUUCGACCUGUACGGCACGCUUCUGUCGACCGAGUCAAUCGCCGUAGAGCUGGCCAAGGUGUUCGGCGAUGACGCGGCCAGGUCCAUCUCUCCGCUCUGGCGGCGCUAUCAGCUCGAGUACACAUGGCGCAUCAACAGCAUGGGCAUCUACCGCCCGUUCAGCGACAUUACGCGGGGCGCGCUAGAGCACGCCGUGGCCGAGUCGGGAGCAGCGCUUUCGGCCGGUGACUCGGACCGGCUCGUAGAGGCAUACGACGCGCUGCGCGUGUUCCCCGAUGUGCCCGCGGCGCUAGACGCGGUGCGGGCCCAGGCGGCCGAGGGCGCCAUCGAGGCGUACGUCUUCUCCAACGGCACCGACGCCAUGGUGUCGGAGUCCAUCGCCACGUCGCCCGACCUACAGGCCUACGCCGACGUCUUCAAGGGCCUCGUCACGGUGCACGACGACGGCGUGCGCGUGUUCAAGCCCGACAUGCGCACGUACGACCACCUGGUCCGCGCCGUCGGCAAGGAGGGCCGGCCCGGCGACGUGUGGCUGGUCACGGGGAACCCGUUUGACGUGAUCGGAGCCCGCGUCGCUGGUCUCAGUGCCGCGUGGGUCGACAGGGCCGGCAAGGGCUGGGUCGAUCGGCUUGGCGAUGUCGUCGGCGGGAUCAAGCCGACGCUGGUGGUUUCGGGCGUCGAUGCAGCUGUUGAGGAGAUCGUUCGAAGCGCAUCUUCCUAA